CCUUCGUAUUUUGUGUAUAUUUUGAUUGUAUUUGUAAACUUACGUAAAGUUAAUUUGAAUUUUUAAGUCGACAUUGGCGAAAUAUUCCACGAAUUCAGUGUGAAUGAAGCCGAAGCGUAAAUAUAAAUAAAAGUUGAUUUUAAUAAGUUAGAAACUAAAUUGACUCCUACUCUGUUAUUUAUAUGUUCAUACGUUUGAUGUAAAGUGAAAGCGUGCUUUAAUUUUAAAUCCAUUUAAAACAAUCAUGGAAGUUUCCGCUGAUGUGGUCGCUAUUAACUCGGAUGACGAGCAGUGUAACGAAGUUGAAGACAAACCGAUUAUCAGGCUGUUCAAACAUCUCACCAAGGAAAGCAAUCAGAAGACUGUUUUAACGAAUGCCCAAAUAAUUGAUAUAUUGAAGGAAGAAUUUGAUAUAGACAUAUGGGAUAUACAUGAACUCGAAGGAGAUAUUUUCAUCACCAUACUGAAAAUGUACCUCAAAGACUGGCCGUUGUGGGAGGAGUUCGACAAGCUGUUCAACAAUUUGAAACACAAAAACGACACAGAGGCAAUGAAUAGAGUGUUGCAGACUAACUAUAAGAAGCUGAAGGAGCACUUGAACACUGUCCUACACAACGCUAAACAAGAAGCCAAGGAUGCGGUACUGAAAGUCCAACAGGAAAUGUCGGAGAGGAAUGACAAAAUCAAAUCAAACGUGAUAUUAGACGUCACCGCUACCCGAUCGCAGCUCAACAAGCUGUUUUACCGUCGACCGUUACCAAAACACAACAACACCAUCUUCAAUUCAACGAAACAUACGAUCCCAACACAAAUUAUGGUAAACGAUAUCCCGUUGGAGGCUAUACUGAAUUGGUGGGGCAUAAACAUCUUCCUAAAAGUGUCUGCAUUCAAAAUUAAUAUCUACGAGAGGCACAACAUCCACGAACUCAGACAUGUGUUGGUAAACAGAAAUCUGACUGUAACUAACCCUUGUACAGAGCUAGAACAAGAAUUGAAAGUGAGAGUCAUAGAUUCAACGACCAGAAAUAUGUCCGAGUUCAUUAACACAUUCAACGAUCUAUCGGACAACGAUAACAGGGAAGUGUACGACUUCAUACAACGAGACCUUAAAUUGCUGCCGGAUGUAGUGUUCAACCGAGCAUUGUUCAGACGGUACACAAACAAAUAUCCCUAUGUCAGAUAUUUGUAUCAAGAGGCCAAGUCCGCUGACAUGAACUCGAGGAGAUACGAUAUCCAGCUCCAGGAGACCAUCUCACCAAAAUACCAAUUAUAUAUCCGUUCAAUGACAUCGACACCAACGUUUCUGGUUGUGGAGUGCGAACCCUGUGGUGUCAAGUUCCUCGGACCGAACUUAUUGCAAGAGUUGAGGGCACAUUUCAACGAGUUUCAUCUCUCCGAGCCGGACUGCACUUGCACCAACUGCAGUAAAACCUUCCCGAUGGUAGCUCUAGCUAAGAACUGGUGGUGUCAUCGGUGUUGAACAAAUUCAUAGAAAUGUA